AUGGAACAGCGCCAACUAGAAGUAGUCGUCGCCAUUUGGUCCAUGACCCUUCUCUCACUUUCCUUUAUGUUCCUACGCCUCUACACCCGCAUACGCAUCGUCAAGUUCAUCGGCACCGAAGACUACGUCUACGUCCUGACGGGCCUCUUUCUUCUUCUAUUCGCUGCUUUCCUUCAUGUCUCGGUGCACUUUGGCAUGGGGGCCAGUCUGUGGUCGCUAUCGCUCGAUAACACGUCAAAGUCGAUAUUCUGGAGCUAUGUCGCCAACACCUUUGCGAUAACGGGCAACGCCAUGGCCAAGUUGUCGAUGGGGUUCUUUUUGUUGAGGGUGGUGCAGUUGAGAGGGCAGAAGAUGGCGCUCUGGGCGCUGAUCGUGGUGACGGCAGGGACGUCAUUUGCGUUGGUGGUCAUGCUUUGGAAUCAGACGACGCCGAGAAAGGCCAGCUGGGAUCCGUUGAGAACGCCGGGGAAAUGGCACAUUAAGAUUCAGCCCAUGAGUGUUGGAUUGGGGGUGUGGUCCAGCGUCUGUGAUUUUAUCUUUGCCAUCUUUCCGUGGACCUUCAUCUGGUCUUUGAGGAUGCCACGACGGGAAAAAGUUAUUUUGGCGAGUGGGAUGAGCCUAGGCGUAAUAGCCGGUGCUUGUGGCAUCACGAGAACCGUUGUAUUAUCACAUCUCAACAUCUGGGAUUACACUUACAACUUUGCCCCGUACUUCAUCUGGGCUGGUGCUGAAAUAGCAGUGGCCAUGGUAUGCCUGGGUAUACCAACCUUGCGUCCAUUGUAUCUCCGACGCCGCGGAAUGACGGAAGACCAUGAAGACCACCCAUCCGAUCAAAACAACCUCGAAUUGCCCGAAUUCACGAUAGUCGAGCAACACAAACAAGAACAACACCAAAAGAAAAUAGGAGACCACAAGUUGCCAACAAGCAGUGGUUCACACAACAAAGCCGAACGUAGUCCGAGUCCCCCACCGCCAGCAUACGUCCGUGACUCGGCCUCAUCACACACCGUCGUCGACGUAGAUUCGCUACAGGAUGUCGAGACAUUCCAAACACCAUUGAGUCCACCCAGCAUGCAGAAGAAGAGCAGAAGGAGAAGGAAUGACAGUGUAGACGACAUAUUGGGGCUAUACGACGCAGAAAGGAGCCGAAGUCGGGGGACGGCUCAUAGCCAAGGGACCAGGAGUACCAUGUCGGCACAUGAAACCUCAUCAACAACGCAUAUAACCGCUUUGAAGUCAUUGACUUCAACAACGAUAAGCUCGACAGAGUGUAAUGCAGCGAAGACGGCGGGAGCAAUAAUGGUGAAGAACGAGAUAUGGAUUGGGGUGGAAAGAGACGAGGAGAACUGGCCUCUCCGGUGUUAA